ACGCCGUCUUCCUCUCCGCGUGCGCUCCUGUCGCAUGAUACGAAAUCACAACAGUCAUGGCUGCUGUCGGAUUCAGUGGAGAAUGGAUUAUUUUCACCUGUGACACAAAACUCGUGGCCAUUCACACCAAGCAAGACAGAGAUCCAUUUGUGUUUGACUGCAGCACUGCGGAGAAGAGGCCAAAGACAAAGGAUGACAACAGCAGUGAUGGCGGUGGUUCAGAGGAAACAGGAAGUGACAAAGUCCUCGCCUUCACCGUGUCUCCGUCUGGAAAGCUGGCGGCGCUGACGGAUGACAACAAGAGGCUGGUUCUGUUUCGCUGUGAGCCUUCAUGGCAGUGUGUCAGCGUCAGGUGGGUGGUGAGGAGAUGCACUGCCAUGGAGUUCAGUCAGACGGAGGAAGAGCUGCUGGUUGCAGACAAAUCAGGAGAUGUUUACUCCUUUUCAGUGACAGAGCCGCAGAGGGAGGGAGAACUGAAAAUGGGACACCUGUCCAUGUUGCUGGCUGUGACCGUUUCACCAGACAACAAGUUCAUCAUCACCGCCGACAAAGACGAGAAGAUCAGAGUGAGCCACCUCAGGUCGCCGUACAACAUCCAGUCUUUCUGCCUUGGACACCAACAGUUUGUCAGCGCUCUGCUCAUCCCUGCAGGUCAUCCACACUGGCUGCUGUCUGGAUCAGGGGAUGGGACACUGAAGCUCUGGGAGUUUGAGUCAGGAUGUAAACUUCAGAGCUUUAACCUCAGGGAGCUGGAGGAGACGCCACCAUCUGAGGAUGACAAACAGAAGAAUCCCACUGCGUGUUGUAUCAUCAGCUCUCCUGAUGCUCAACAUGUGGCUGUGCUGUGUGACAGAUUGUCCACGGUUCAGUUCUUCUCUCUGAAAGAUGACAGAGAGAUGAAGAUCGUCCCUCACACCAGACUCUCUCUGCCUCACUGUCCUUCAGACAUGACCUUUGACCCAUCAGGCCGGCUGUGGGUGCUGAUGGACUCAAGAGAAACACCGCUGCAAAUCUACACACUUUCACAAGACUCCUGGGAGUGUUGUGCAGAGAGCGCCGAGCUGCAGAGAGUGACUGCAGCCCUGCAGCCUCACAGGGAAACACUUCAGGUGUCCAUGAAGUCCAGCAGCCGCUAUGAGCACCUGUACAAGGUGAGCUACGAUAACGUGACAGCGUACCUGCAGAAGAAACAGCAGAGGCUGGAGGAGCAGCAGCUGAAGAGGAAGACACCUCAGAACACCAAUGGGAAAGAGAAGAAGAAGAUGAAGAAGGAUACAACAGAAACUAUAACAUCCUCGUGAUUGGACACUUAGAAAAGAGAGGUUUGUUUUUCUUUAGGUUUAAAUAAUAUGAUUUAAAUGUGAUUCUGAUGAAGAACGUGGAGUGACAGGGCUCAGCCACAGGAUCUAUGAUUAUGAAUUUUUAUGUUUGGCUCUGAUUUCUGGCAGAUUUUUUACUAAUAAACAUAUGGAUAUGC